AUGAGUUCACCUUCACGUCAAAGCAAAACUGCUUAUAGGUCCAGAUCUCGUUCCCCUCCUAGAAGACGCUCUCGCUCACCUUCUUAUCAAAAAAGACGUUCAAGAUCCCCACCUAGACGGCAAAGAUAUAACGAGCGAUCGCGUUCACCACCUCCUCGAAGACAUAACGACAGCUCUAGAGGAGGCAGAAGAUUUGAGUGGGGAAGACCAGAAGAUAAUGAAAGAGCUGAAGAAGAACCUGUCGAAAAAGUUGAACCCAAUUUUGGUCUCUCUGGAAAAUUAGCAGCAGAAACAAACACGGUCAAAGGUGUUGAAUUAAAAUACAAUGAACCACCAGAGUCUGCAAAACCAAAGCAUAAAUGGAGACUUUAUGUAUUUAAAGGCGAUGAGCAAAUAGAUUUGUUACAUAUCCACAGACAAAGCUCAUAUUUAAUUGGGCGUGAUCGAGUGGUUGUUGAUAUUGCAGUAGAUCAUCCUUCUUGUUCGAAACAACAUGCUGUUAUACAAUAUAGAGAAGUAGCUGAGCAGGACGAACAUGGAAGAUCUAAAAGAACAGUAAAACCAUUUAUCAUUGAUCUUGAAGCAACAAAUGGUACUUUUCUUAAUGGAGAUCAAAUUCCAGCCACUCGAUUUGUGGAAUUGAGACCCAAAGAUGUUCUUAAGUUUGGAAAUAGUACAAGAGAAUACGUCCUUUUACGUUCAGAGCAGUAA